AUGUCGAGAGCAGAACACGAUAUAAAUAAAAGGAUCGCAAGAACUGGUGGACAUAAUGUUCUUAAUAGAAUUAUCGAUGCUGAGAGGCCUUAUGAUUCUAUUAGUAUGAUCUUUGAUGAUGAAACACCUAUUCAGUGGGCAUGUCAUGUUAGGAUGUCUCUUCAAGAGUUAUUGGGUCCAGGAGCUCCACGUAGUACCUAUCACCAGUAUUGUCUUCAUGCCUCAUACACCCAAGGUGCAAAUUUUGAUAAAUAUAAAUAUAGUAGAAGUAGACCAUAUGAAGAUG